AUGCAGUGCAACAACAACCUGAAGCAGAUUGGGCUGGCUCUACACAACUACCAUGAUACCUUUGGAUGUUUGCCUGCAGGUUAUCAUGACGUCGACUACGCCUAUCGUCUUGAGCCGAUCUAUGGCUGGGCCGUUUCGAUUUUACCAUUCUUGGAAUUGAACAAUCUCUUCGAGGAACUCGAUCCUAAUCACAUUCCGUUAAGAGCUCGCUAUCAUUCUGGCUACACCGCAGAUGACCAGCGCCUUCUUCAAACACGAAUUGACGCGUAUCGCUGUCCCUCGGAUAUCGCCGGGGAUACCCACGCGUUUGUCUUUGGUGCGACGGAUCACUUCUACCCAGGAACAUCAAAUUAUGUUGCCUACGGAGGAGCUGGCGAUACAACGGUGACGCUUCGCGACAACAACGACGCGCAUGGUACAUUCUUCGGCGGAUCGUAUCUUAAGUUUCGUGAUAUCACAGAUGGAACCUCGAACACGUUUUUCGUUGGUGAACGAGAUGCAAGCAAG